CAUGACACUUCCCAGGGUUGUCCUCUUCCUAGGACCAUCUCUGGAGGCAAAAUGUUCCUUCCACCUUCCACCUGCUCCCAUCCUGUUCCCCUCUCCCUGGACCACAACACUUUCAAUCCCAAUUAAGUAAAAUUUCCCAGCUGGCCAAGGCAGUUUGGGCGCCCGGUGUGGCAGGGUCACAGGACAAACACCAUGUGCUGGGCCACGCUGAACAGGAGAAACGGUGUUGUUGCCCAGGGAAGGCCUUGGAGGAAUUGACUGGCCCCGAGGUGGUCUUGGCCGCCUCCUCCACCGGCGCCUCGGGCCAGCAGCUUGGAGAAGAGGCAGCGGAACCCGCUCACAGUGGUGACCGCUGGCUCUGAGGUGAGAACCCAAAGGCCACCUGGCAGAUUCCUGCCACAGAGCCCAGGGAGGCACAUUGGCAACAAGCUCAGAGCUCUCCAUCCAGUCUCGGCAGCAUGAGAAAGAGCGUCCCGGAAGAAGCGCGCGGGGGCGGGGAGCUGGACGGUGGCCCAGGUGAGCACAGUGAGGUGGUUGCCAUUGAGGUGCAGAACGAGGGGCCCAAGAGGUCUGGAAGACGCCCUCCUCCACGAAGGCGAUACUGUUGCAAUCCAGGUAGAGCAGCAAACCAGAUAGACGGACGAGUUGCCACCCAGGUUGAGCCUGGGGAGGUUGUGCAGCAGCUGAAGGCAUCCGGUUGUCCUUAAGGAGUAGGUGCUUCCUGGCACCACAGUUGGGGAGGGGGAGUGUUUGCAGGGAGCCGGAGGCCACCGCGCGUGGGUCAGGUAACCCAUCACUUGUGUCAUUCUUUUCAUUAUACUAAUAAGUAAGUCACUAGGUCCAGCCCACACUCAAGGGUUUGAAACCAGGAGAUGGGAUUAUUCGGGAAAUUCUUACAAGUCAAACUUAAUUUAAAAGUAAUGUUUUAUAUGUAAUAAUACAGAAUGACCACGUAUAGUAUCUGUUAUUAGAAGACGUUCCCGCUGCGGCGUCCGUGGGCUCCGCGGAGGUGCCGGGCUCAGGCUGCCCCACCGCCCGAGCUCCAGUGCCGGCGGCCGGCAGCAGCCGAGGCGCGUGGGCAGCCGCUCGGCUCGUUGGGACGUUCCGCUUCUCCGGGCCUCUGCCCGGCGGCUGCGGAGGCCUCGGUGCCGCCCGCCUCCUGUGCCCGAGGCGGGGGUGCCCGCACGGCCAGGGCGCUGGUCCACCGUGGGGUCCAGUGACGUGCGCCGCGGGUCCCACUCCUCAUUUGUGCGGUGGCGGGGCCGGGUGUCUCCUUGAGCUUCAGACCCAAGGAAUUGACCCCGAGAGAAGUUGUGAGUGUGUCGGAGACGCACGGUAUCCCGGUCGGGGUGGCCUUCGUGGAGCCGAGAGGGGAGAAGUACGAUGGCGCUUUCCCUGUGAUGUUGCUGGCAUGGAGGGAUGGAUGGCACGUUCUGGGGACGGAGGCUUGGGUGGAGUGAGGACUCAGCUCCCUGCCUCCACGAGGACAUUGGGCUGGAGGCACCCGUCUUCUCUCCAGCGUCUAAGAUUUCAAAACCCGUGGCUCAGUAAGUAGGGCACCCCCGGCUCGGGACCAUGCCAGCCCACGAGCUGCUCCGGUAUUUUCGGAUACCGGAGCUGGCCGAAUUCCGACAGUACGUCCGCGCGCUCCCAGCCAACUCGCUCACGGGCUUGGACGCGUUCACCGCUUUCACCAUCCUGUGGUUUGCCAUGAGGCCCAGGGCGCCCUCGCCACCGCGCGCCCUCGCCAUGCAGUCGGUGGAGGUGGCGGGCAGCGGCGGCGCGCGGCGCUCCGCGCUCCUGGACAGCGACGAGCUCAUGGUGUACCUGUACGAGGACGUCAGGACCGUGUACCAAGCUUUCCAGAGGGGCGUCCGCCUGUCCAAUAACGGCCCUUGUCUGGGCUCCCGGCAGCCGGACGGGCCCUAUGAAUGGCUCUCCUACCAGCAAGUGGCGGAGAUGUCUGAGUGCAUGGGCUCGGCCCUGAUCCAGAUGGGCUUCGGGGCGGCACCGGACCAGAACAUCGGCAUCUUCUCCCAGAACAGGCCCGAGUGGGUAGUCAUCGAGCUCGGAUGCUUUGCUUACUCCAUGGUGGCCGUCCCCCUCUAUGACACCCUGGGAAUCGAAGCCGUCACUCACAUCGUCAACACUGCGGAGCUCUCCCUGGUGUUCGUGGACAAGCCCGAGAAGGCCAGCCUGCUGCUGGAAGGGGUAGAAAACAAGUCGACCCCGGGCCUCAGAACCGUCGUGGUCAUGGACUCCUACGGCAGCGACCUGUCGGCACGCGGCGAGAGGUGCGGGGUGGAGAUCGUCAGCAUGAAGGCCUUGGGGGACCUGGGCAGAGCCCACAGAAAGACGCCCCAGCCGCCCGCACCUGAAGACCUGGCAGUCAUUUGUUUCACAAGUGGGACCACCGGCCACCCCAAGGGGGCCAUGAUCACCCAUCGCAACAUGGUGAGCGACUUCUCCGCGUUUCUGAAAGUGACCGAGGAGGACAUUCACCUGAACGUCAGUGACACGCACUUUUCGUUUUUACCGCUUGCACACAUGUACGAGCUGCUCUUGCAGAGUGCGAUCCUGUGCCACGGAGCAAGAAUAGGCUUUUUCCAAGGAGACCUCAAGCUGCUUAUGGAUGACCUCAAAGUGCUUCAGCCCACCAUCUUUCUGGUGGUCCCGAGGCUGCUGAACCAGAUGUUCGACAAAAUUCGGGGGCAGGCCAACACCACCCUGAAGCGGUUGCUACUGGACUUCGCCUCCAAGAGGAAACAAACCGAGCUUCGCAAUGGCGUCAUUAGAAACGACAGCCUGUGGGACAAACUGAUCUUCCGCAAAAUACAGUCCAACCUGGGAGGGAAGGUCCGGCUGAUGAUCACCGGGGCUGCGCCCGUGUCAGACACGGUGCUGAUGUUUAUGCGAGCGGCGCUGGGCUGUCAUUUCUACGAAGGCUAUGGGCAGACUGAGGGCACAGCCUGCUGCUCGAUGACCAUUCCCGGAGAGUGGACCGCAGGCCAUGUCGGUGCCCCACUGCCUUGCAAUCUGAUAAAACUCAUCGAUGUGAAAGAGAUGAACUACCUGGCUGCCAACGGUGAGGGCGAGGUGUGUGUGAAAGGCUCAAAUGUAUUUCAAGGCUACCUGAAGGACCCGGUGAAGACAGCGGAAGCUCUGGACAAAGGGGGCUGGUUGCACACAGGGGACAUCGGGAAAUGGUUACCGAAUGGGGCCUUGAAGAUCAUCGACAAGAAGCAGCAUAUAUUUAAACUGGCACAAGGAGAAUACAUAGCACCCGAAAAGAUCGAGACUAUCUAUGUACAGAGCGAACCCGUUGCUCAGGUGUUCGUCCAUGGAGACAGCUUGAAGGCAUUUCUCGUAGCGAUCGUGGUCCCUGACGUGGAGACGCUGGGCCUCUGGGCAGGGAAUCGAGGCCUGGUGGGAUCCUUCGAGGAACUGUGCCGCAGCAAGGAUGUCAAGAAAGCCAUCUUAGAGGAUUUGGUGAGGCUGGGGAAGGACUCUGGCCUGAAGCCAUUCGAGCAGGUCAAAGGCAUCGCUCUCCACCCUGAACUGUUCUCUAUCGAAAACGGCCUUCUGACCCCGACAAUGAAGGCAAAAAGGCCACAACUUCAGAAUUAUUUCAAGUCACAGAUAGAGGAACUUUAUUCCACCACCAAAGUUUAAGCGAGGAGGAACGGUCAGAAGAAACCACACACCUCCACGAUCUUCUUCUCCUGGUGGCUUUCACGUUGGCGAUUUGACUACACGAGCAUAGGGAAGGGCCCCCUUGUUUGACUUGGGCAUUGGGCUCUUGUCAUAGGAAUAUUAGAGGAAGUGGGACUCUGCCUUGCAGUCACCUCGCAUGGCAGAUCAUGUACCCAUGUGGUGAUAUACCAUUUCCAAAACGAGCCUUCACAAUAGUCAAGGGAAACUAUACAUGUGCUAAGUUAUUCGUGACUUCCUUCAUUCAGAAGGCGGAUGUGGAACUUCUGUCUCCCUGUUUUUCUAACCAAGGGACUAGGACUUGCUAUUUCUGAAUGUCUGCUGCUUGCUGCAAACUCUGUAGUCAUUGGCUGCUCAGAAGAAUACCUGCACUGGAAGGAAACUGUUCCUUAUGAACAACCGACCCCGCUGGAGAAUGUCACAAGUGGACUAGAGAUUUUUUUAUUCCUGUCAGCUCCCCUUCCCCACCCCUUUACACAUGCUCAUGUCCCCUUGGAUGAAGGCUUCUGAAACGCCUGCUCUUCCCCCCCAUUCCCUUAUUGUUCCUUUUGGAGCCGAAGUUUCCCAGGAGAGUGCAGAACAGAACGACUCAGGACAGUAAAGAUACUGAGUCCCAGACACGGGGCCACUCUCAGGGUGAAUGGAUUCUGGUACCCACGAAGCAGAGUGCUCUCAGGGCCUCCUCUCCAGACUCUCCCUCCCUCUGUCCCCGGGGUUAUGAGAAAAUCUGCCUUACACUUGACAGUGAAGACAAGCAUGUCAAGAAAGAAAGAAUCACCUGGCAAGACCAUGCUCAAGUGUGAAGCCUAAGUAACUGUCCACUUUAUCUCCACUGAACAUCCUUCUGUUUGUGAUGGCCAGUGCUGGCUUUUAAUGUGGUUUCCAUAUCAGAAGUUCACAUUGUGAUUAACUGGCUUUUCCCCAGAAUAAAUUCUCAGGCAAGGCGUGUCUACGAGGCUUUAAGGAAGUGCAUAGACGUGGGUACUAAUGGCAAUGGAUGGUAAUAAACUUGCUCUCCUACCAUAAUGCUUCCUGGCUCCUGUGAAAUGUUUCCGCAAGCCAAAUUCUCAGGGAUGGAAGUCUGAACACUCAUUUCCUGGGAGUCACUCCUCCCAGGAUUUCUUUAAUUUGCUAAUUUCACUAACCGAAAGCCUUUGCCACGUGUGACUGGAGUAAGUUGUCAUUAUGGGUGUGAGUACACAUGUCGCACAGCACAGGGGGUUGCACUCAAGUCGUCAUCAUAGCCUAAUCUGUGUGUGUGUUCUUCACUGCACAAAAAGUCAAUCACUUGUCACAUUGGGGUUUUUGAGUGUUUGCUUUACGUAAGUGUUGGCUAUUUCUAUGUUUUAUAAGCCAAAACAGAAUUUCCAAAAACAAUGAAGGAAACAAAAAUAAAUAUUUCUACAUUUGAAAAAGAAAGAAAGAAAGACGGCUCAUGCACUAAAACUCUCAUCUUUUGGUUAAUGCCUAAAAUUCCAGAGAGCCAAUCCUUGAUUUAAGGGUUUAAUUUGUAAAAUAUAGACUAUCAGACUAUCAAGGUAGAGUUUCUCUUUGGGACUGAGUAAUAACUACUAUAUUUUUAAAAAUAUAUUUUAUUGAUUUUUUUUACAGAGAGGAGGGGAAAGGGAUAAA